AUGAACGCGCUCUGGGCCCUCGAGUCGACCUAUCUGCGACCGAGUUCGUCUCUCGAGGACUCCCCUCGCCAAACGCCCCAACUUCGCACAGAGGGGCCCCGAAACCUAAUUCACUCCCCACUGCGCAUCGUCCCCGAUCGAUCUCAGUGCGGGGGCCGCUCGCGGGCCUGCUUGGAUGUGAAGGAGUGCCAGGCGGGGCAAGCGGGCGAUCUCAUGAACGCGCUCUGGGCCCUCGAGUCGACCUAUCUGCGAGCGAGCUCGUCUCUUGAGGACUACCUCGCUAACUACGAUGAGAAGUUAGAUCGCACCGCGAGGCCCUACCAUUCAGUUUUCCACGAGACUGAGAGACUGAGACCCUCCUCCGUCCACGCAUCGCGACUUGCUGUUGGCACUCCGCCCGAGAUGAAUGAACUGAAAAACCGGGCGCACACAACCUCCGCGAGGCCCUGCGAGUCCCCCCAUCGAGAGGCCCCACUCACCCACCCACACUCACUUCCUCACUCGACUCGCGCGAGUCGACUCCAGGAAUCGCACAGCAACCGGGCCUAG